AUGUAAACUAUCUAAUAUCAUCCAAUUACUCAACUCAUUUUAAAUGGGGAUACUAGCCCUAUUAAUGGAGAUGACUAAUAAUACGAUCCUCCACAAAAACAUUAUUUUAAUCACCACAUUUAACUUGAAAUCUCAAAAAAUAAAAUAUAAAAAAGAAAAAAAAGUAUUUAAGUGUUAACUGAUGAACUUAUUUUAUGGAAUAAUUAUCUACACCACAAAUUUUAACAUCCAGAUUAAUUACAUCAUUGA